AUGGCUCCGUCGCUUCUUACAACAACAGGACUCCUGUUACUUUUCUCCUUCUCAUCAGCACAAAUCAGAGGAGACAGCCUCGCAACAUGCACCCCAAAUGACGGCUUUGGGAAGUACUGUCCUACGACCUGCGGAGUGGCUGACUACAUGCUGAGGUACAUGCCAGGUGUGGACAAGGAUCUGGACGAUUUGCAACGGGAACUUGAAAUAAUUGCCAAUUUGACCCAGGGGGCAGAAGACACUGUCGUCUACAUGAAAGAUUCUGUUACUUCAGCUCAAAAGAGCUCCCCACAAGAAACAUACUUCAAAAAGUCAUCAAGUAUGCUGGAUGACGUGCUCCGAUUUGAAAAGACCAUCAUCACACAGGAACAGCAAAUAUUUGAACUUCAGAGUUUAAUCACAUCCAACGAGAGGAGGAUGGCCGACUUGAAACAACUCUCCAUUCAGCUGCAGCAGAAAUGCAGCGAGCCCUGCAAAGACACGGUGGAGAUCCAGACCAUCACAGGAACAGACUGCCAGGACAUCGCAAACAAGGGCGCCACCACCAGCGGCCUUUACUACGUGAAGCCAGCGAAAGCCACGGAGCAGUUCCUGGUCUACUGUGAGAUUGACAGCUUUGGCCGCGGCUUCACAGUAAUACAGAGGAGACGAGACGGCAGCGUGGACUUCCACAAGGACUGGAUCCAGUACAAGAACGGUUUUGGCUAUCUGUCACCAGACGACACCACAGAGUUCUGGCUCGGCAACGAGAAGAUGCAUCUGCUGACUGCCAGCUCGACCAUCCCGACUGUGCUGAGGAUAGAGCUUGUUGACUGGGACGGCAACAAAAGGUAUGCCGACUACACCAUGUUCAGGAUUGGAUCGGAGGCCGACAUGUACCGCCUGACAUACGGCUACUACUUCGGCGGCGACGCUGGAGAUGCUUUCGAUGGCUUUGACUUCGGGGAUGAUCCCAGCGACAAGUUCUUCACCUCUCACAACGGCAUCCAGUUCAGCACCUACGACAAGGACAAUGACAAGUACGAUGGCAACUGUGCUCUGCAGGACGGCUCCGGCUGGUGGAUGAACAGAUGUCAUGCGGCACAUUUGAACGGCAAAUACUACCAGGGCGGCAGGUACACAGAAAAGGAUGCAGGUGAGUUUGGCUACGACAACGGCAUUAUUUGGGUCACAUGGCACAACCGCUGGUACUCCCUUAAAGAGACCACCAUGAAGAUCAUCCCCCUCAGCCGCAUCACAGCAGGCACUGGACAGCAGGCCGGGGUCAAACAGUUUGCCGGACUUGGAGAUUCUUAA